GAAGAAAGAAGAAAACACGAUCUCUAGGUCUUGUUCAUCCGUGUUUCAGAUCUAGUGGUCGGGAAUUCGAAUGGAUCAAAGAACAGGUGAUCCAAGAAUAUACAUCGUCACUCUUCUCUUUCUUUCAUGCAUCCUCACAGGAGGAGUCCUUCUCGGGCUUUACCUCGUCCAACAUGAUCCAAAUCCUCUGUUUCUACAAGCGGGUAUGUUCUUCGUUGGCAUCCCUUGGUUCUUCUGGUUCUUGGCUUACAUCUACUCUUGUCUCCUCAAGCCUUGCAUCCUCUCCAUAAGCCAAAGAGUUUCCAGAUUCGAUCCGGAGAAAGGCCAGGAGGAGGAGGAGGAGAAGAACAAUAGAAGCAUCACGGAAAUCGCCAUGUCGGAUUCACAUCCCGUGGCUGCGGUGGAGCUGGGGAAUUCGCCGAGGGAUGGUGAGAAGCACGUGCAGUUCGGGAAUGUGGUAGUUCUUGGAGAUGAAGGAGGAGUAAAAGCAGCAGAAGAGGAUCUAAAUGAGAGAAGUACUAAUAAACUGAUUCCGGAUCAUAUGAGAAUGGGAGACGAAGGUAAUCAAGAACAUCAUGAUGAGAGUGGCGUUGAUAAGGAUUGCGAUAGAACUCCUUUGAGAUUAUCCGUGGGGAACAGAUGAUUUGAUACUGAAUGAUCAGGAACUGAUCGUCUUUUUGGGUUGUUAACUAUGGUUUGAACAAAGAGGAAAGACUUUGAAAAAGCUGAACCCUAAUAGACGUGUGAGACAAGGAACAUUGUUUUUGAGUAUGAACUUAAAUAACAUGUGAAAGUCCAUAGAAGAUUUUGUUUUGUUUUAGCUUUCUUUCUAUUGUUCUUCUGGUUUUGGAUGAAUUCGGAAAAUAAUCAAUAACAAAAAAA